AUGGCCGCAGAAAAGGAGAAAAGCAAGGUGCACCGACUGUCGCUAAAAGGGUCUGCGAAGCUUGUUGCGGAAUUUUUUGAAUACUCUAUUCAUUCUAUCUUGUUUCAACGGGGAGUUUACCCCGCAGAUGAUUUUACAGCAGUUAAGAAGUAUGGCCUUAACAUGCUUGUAUCGGCCGACGACCAAGUUAAGGCGUAUAUCAAGAAAAUCAUGUCGCAAUUAAACAAAUGGAUGCUGGGCGGGAAGAUAUCGAAGCUUGUCAUUGUGAUCACCGACAAAGAAACCGGGGAACAUGUUGAGAGAUGGCAAUUUGAUGUUGAAAUUUUCAAAUCUUCUCGAACGAAACCUUCUCAAAAAGUCACCGGGAAUGAGAACUCCUCGCCAAAUGACGUGGGUGCCGCAGCAACAAUCGAAAAGACCGAGAAACAGAUACAAGAAGAGAUACAGGCAAUUUUCCGCCAGAUCACAGCAUCUGUAACCUUCCUUCCCAUGCUAGAUGGAAAUUGCACGUUCAACGUGCUUGUCUACGCCGAUGCGGAUUCCGAAGUCCCCCUAGAAUGGGGAGACAGUGACGCCAAAGAAAUAAAAAACGGAGAGAAAGUACAGCUGAGAAGCUUCAGCACUAAUAGCCAUAGGGUUGAUACGAUGGUAAGCUAUAGAUUGGCUGAAUGA